GGAGAGUCCCGUCUGAUUUCCUGAUCGCUGACCCAACGGAUGCACCGAGUUAACCCGGUCCAGAGGGUCCUGGUUAGACCAGGAGCUAACAGUCUGUAACCUCCACAGUCGACCCGGGACGUGGAGCCGGUUCGGCCUCGGCACCCCCCCUGCCUCUGGGCCGCGGAACGUCUUCGGGCCCUGGACACCCAGGCAGUGCGCCCUAAGCUGAGCGUGGGGAUGGCCACCAGGCUCCGGACGUCUUCGUGUUGGGGAUUAUUGUCAUUCAAGGAUAUAUCUAUGGAGUUCACCUGGGAAGAAUGGCAGCUACUGGAUUCUGCUCAGAAGUACCUGUACCAGGAUGUGAUACUGGAAAACUAUUACAACCUAGUAUCAGUGGGAUAUCCUGGUAGCAAACCUGAUUUAAUCUUCAAGUUGGAGCAAGGAGAAGAGCCAUGGACAAUAAAUGCCAAACUCUCCAGUCAGAGCUGUCCAGAAGGCUGGGAAGAAUGGUACCAGAAAAAUCAAGAUGAGCUUCAAAGUAUUGAGAAAGGUUAUGCUUGCAGUUCAUUUGGGAAACUUCAUCUGAGCACAAACCAUGUUUCUUCAAAACAAAGACUCCCUAAGUAUAACACAUAUGGAAAAAGUUUGACACAAAACUCAGGUUUAUCCAGAAACUACGUAAGGAGGAAUCCAGAUAAGUUUCAUGGAUAUGAAGAAUCUUAUUUUUUUAAGCACCAAAGAGCUCAUACAGUAGAAAAAAACUGCAUAUGUAGUGAAUGUGGGAAAGCUUUUCGUUGUAGAUCACAGCUCAUUGUACAUCUCAGAAUUCAUACAGGAGAGAGACCUUAUGAGUGCACUAAAUGUGACAGAGCCUUCAGUGCCAAGUCAAAUCUUAAUGCCCAUCAGAGAGUCCAUACAGGAGAAAAACCCUAUGCGUGCAAUGAAUGUGGGAAAGUCUUCUCUUUCAGGUCACAGCUCAUUGUCCAUCAGGAGGUUCACACAGGAGGGAAACCCUAUGGUUGCAGUGAGUGUGGAAAAGCCUAUAGUUGGAAGUCACAGCUUAUUUUACACCAGAGAAGUCAUACAGGAGUGAAACCCUAUGAAUGUAGUGAAUGUGGGAAAGCCUUUAGUUUGAAGUCACCAUUUGUUGUGCACCAGAGAACUCAUACAGGAGUGAAACCCCAUAAAUGCAACGAAUGUGGGAAAGCCUUUAGGAGUAAGUCAUACCUGCUUGUACACAUCAGAAUGCAUACAGGAGAGAAACCUUAUCAUUGCAGUGACUGUGGGAAAGCCUUCAAUAUGAAGACACAACUUGUCGUACAUCAGGGAAUUCACACAGGAAAUAAUCCGUAUGAAUGCAGUGAAUGUGGGAAAGCUUUUGGUAGGAGGGAACAGCUCACUGCACAUCUGAGAGCUCAUGCGGGGGAGAAGCCCUAUGGAUGCAGUGAAUGUGGGAAAGCUUUCAGCAGCAAGUCAUACCUCGUUAUACACAGGAGAACACAUACAGGCGAGAGACCCUAUGAAUGCAGUUUCUGUGAGAGAGCCUUUUGUGGGAAAUCACAGCUCAUUAUACAUCAGAGAACUCACUCAACAGCAAAGCCGUAUGAAUGCAAUGAAUGUGAAAAAGCCUAUCCUAGGAAGGCAUCGCUUCAGAUACACCAGAAGACUCAUUCAGGAGAGAAACCUUUUAAAUGCAGUGAAUGUGGAAAAGCCUUCACUCAGAAGUCAUCCCUUAGUGAACACCAGAGAGUUCAUACAGGAGAGAAACCGUGGAAAUGCUCUGAAUGUGGGAAGUCCUUCUGUUGGAAUUCAGGGCUUCGUAUACAUCGGAAAACUCAUAAGUGAGAAACCAGAAUGAAGAAGCGAAUGUUAGAAGCAUUCUCACAGAAGCUGAUCCUCAGGAGACUUCAGAUGAUCAUAUAGAAAGGAUAUACAAGCAGGAAGUCCUACAAAUAUACUCAGAUAAGUUAUAUAUUUGGAAUAUGUGUGUAAAAGCUUUCAAAAGUCAUACAAAUCUUUGUAGGUUAAUAAUAAUUGAGCAGUAAAUGUACCAAAUGUAGUAGCAUCAUUAUGAAGAUGUAAUUCGGAAAAUUCAUCCUGAGAACACCUUAAAAAUUAAUGAAUUGGAAAAGCAUUUUCCCACAGAAGGUGUGUUACAUGGGAAGUCACGUUCCAGAUUUGAAGCUGUGUUUUUAUAAAGACUGAAUAAAAUCU